AUGACAAAUAUUGAUUAUGAAUAUGUUGAUGAAUUAUCUAUUGAUGAAAAUUAUAAAUGUUCUAUUUGUAGUAAACCAUUUAAACAUCCAGUAACAACACCAUGUGAUCAUAGUUAUUGUCAAAAUUGUAUUCAAUAUUGGUUAGAUCAAGGUCAUUUAUCAUGUCCAAUAUGUCGUCAAACUUUAUCAACAAAUGAUUUAACACCAAUAACAACUCGUUUAGUAUUAAAUAUUCUUGAUAAACUUCUUGUUAAAUGUUCUCAAUGUCAACAAAGUGGAUUUCAACGUGGAAAUUUAAAUGAUCAUAUAAUAAAAUUUUGUCCAAAAACUCUUCUUAGUUGUACAGCAUCUGAUAUAAAAUGUCCUUGGUCAGGUACACGUGAUGAAUUUAAAAAUCAUCUAUCAAUAUGUAAUUAUGAACGAUUACGAUCUGUACUUAGUCAACUUAUUAAUAUGAAUCAACAAUUUGAAGAACAAAUUCAAACUCUUACAAAUCAUGUAGAAAUUUUACAAUCUGCAGUUCAUAAUCCAACAAGUCGUUUAAUCACAUUUGAUAAACUUAUAGAAAUGGAAAAUAAAAUUGAUUCUGGAUUAAUGCCUGAAUUAUAUGAAGGUUUAAGAUGGAUUAAUGUUUGGUAUAUGCAUGAACAAUGGGUUAAAACUAAUCAUACAAUUAGUGGUUGGAAAAAUGCUUAUACACAUAAUCAUAAUUGUAUUAUUUUUAAUGGAAAAGGAAAUUCUAUGAAAAUAUGUUCUAGACAUAAAAAUAUUGAAAAAUUUACAUUAAUUUCAUUUGAAGCAACAUCAGCUUGGCAUGAUAAUCUUCAAAUAGAUGUUAUUGGAAAACGAUCAAAACAAGAUAUUUAUUCAAAAACAAUUAUUCUUCAAUUUAAUGAUUCAAAAGUAUUUCAAUUUAAUUGGAAAGAUAUUGAUCAAAUUAAAUUUAUUCCAAUUCAUGGAAUACAACAUUCAGAUAUUCAAUAUGAUGAAAAAUAUUUUGCUUUGACUUGGAUACUUUUAGGUUAA